UGAAUAUCGUUCAUCUUUUCUCCUUUUCUAUUUAAUUUCUAAUGAUGGUACUGCUUACUGCUCCCGGCUAUCCCAAUAUUCCCGAUCCGAUUCCUGGCGCAGUGCGCGCCGGCGCCGCCGGCCGCGCCGACUUCCCUGACCUUGCAUAACCCAUGGCAUAACCUAUAAGCCGCUCGACUGCGCUCGACUCAGCCGCAAGAAAAUCAAUUGAUUGACCGGGAGUGGUUAACGUAUUAACAUCCACAGAGUCAACGUUCGAUUCAGUCUCAACAUGUCGAGAGGGAUGUAUUACAGAAACUGCUUCAGAAAAUAUUUGCUACAACGGAAAUAUGCGGAUCCUCAGCGGCUGCGAGCGUGCCGCGCGAUCCACGGAACAAUUCCCGUGCCUUCGCACGUGUCAGCGAUUAAUGCAGGUGCAAUCGAACGAGCUGUAGAUCAGAAACCAGUGAAGAAUAUCAGAGACGGACCCUCCUUGAGGGACUUCUUGAGCCCAUCUGUUAUCGAUAUUCCCAGUGAAAAGCCUGUUCCAUAUCUACAGGAUAUUCGUGGCGAGAAUCAAAAAGUGUACUUUGACAUUCACGGUUGCCAAAUGAACGUAAACGAUGCCGAUAUAAUAUGGUCGGUGCUGAAAUCGCAUGGCUACAAACAUACCCGGUGUUUGGACGACGCGGAUAUUGUAUUGCUCGUCACCUGUUCCAUCAGGGACAGCGCCGAGCAGAAGAUAUGGCACAAGUUGGAGCACUUGAAUGGCGUGAGGAAGAAAAGAAAGAGGAUGAUUGGAUCGUCCAUGAAGAUUGGUCUCUUAGGAUGCAUGGCCGAACGUUUAAAGACAAAAAUAUUAGACAGAGGAAAGCUCGUAGAUGUAAUAGCGGGUCCUGAUAGUUACAAGGAUUUACCAAGGCUUCUGGCGGUAACGGACAAUGAAACGGCCGUUAAUGUCGUAUUAUCAUUUGAUGAAACGUAUGCGGAUGUCAUGCCAGUUAGACUCAAUCAGGACUCCACUGGGGCAUAUAUUUCUAUAAUGAGAGGUUGCGAUAACAUGUGCACUUACUGUAUCGUACCGUUUACGAGAGGGAGAGAGAGAUCACGACCGAUUGCAAGCAUAUUUGACGAAGUCCGUCAAUUAUCGGAUCAAGGUGUGAAGGAAAUAACUCUCUUAGGACAAAAUGUGAAUAGCUACAGAGAUUUAUCGGAAUCGGAAUUUGUCUUAUCAGCUAACAAGGAGACCCAACUCGCUAAAGGUUUCAAAACGGUUUAUAAGAAUAAGAAAGGCGGUUUAAGGUUUAGCGAUCUUCUAGACAAAGUUUCUUUAAUUAAUCCAGAAAUAAGAAUAAGAUUUACAUCGCCUCAUCCCAAGGAUUUUCCCGAUGAGGUGUUGCACUUGAUAGCCGAAAGACCUAACAUCUGUAAGCAGAUUCACUUACCUGCUCAGAGCGGCAACUCUACGGUUUUGGAGAGAAUGCGAAGAGGAUACACCAGGGAAGCGUAUUUAGACUUGGUGUAUCAUAUACGUGAUAUUCUUCCAAAUGUAUACUUUUCCAGCGAUUUUAUUGCCGGAUUCUGUAGCGAGACCGAGGAGCAGUUUCAAGAUACGUUAUCGCUAAUAGAAGAAGUUAAAUACAACAACGCAUAUUUAUUCGCCUAUAGCAUGCGUGAGAAAACUACAGCACAUAGACGUUACAAGGACGACGUUGAACCACACGUAAAGAUGGACCGUCUAAAUCGCAUGACUGCGCUGUAUAGAAAAGAAGCAGAAAAAUUAAAUAGAGCACAGAUAGGGCAACAUCAACUCGUUCUCGUGGAGGGCGUGAGCAAGAGAUCUGAUCAAAAGUUACAAGGUAGAAAUGACGGUAAUGUGAUAGUUAUACUACCAUCCGCAGCUAUUCCCAUUGCUCAACACUCCAUUACAACAAGGCAGAUACAGGCUGGCGAUUAUGUCGUAGUACGAAUUGAUAACGCCAACUCCCUGACUUUGCAAGCAGCUUCGAACGAUGGUAUUCCGCCACCCGCCGCUGUAACAGGAUUUCCACCGGCAACGCCAAGUAUCGCAUCCAGCUUUGUGCCACCCAUUAUGCCCGCGGCACCCUUCAUCCCGCCUCCCAGUUUACCACCGGGUCCUCCGGGUAUAAUGCCACCUCAGUUUUCCAUACCUCCGCCAGGUUUUACUUUUCCUAUCACCGCGGCACCUCCUCAAGAGCCAGGAGUCAUAGCUGCGUCGCCGCAGAUAACAGCACCAGGGAUUCCGCCUCCUUCGCCUAUCAGCGGCGACGGCACUGCGAUGCCCAGCUCUACAACGGACAAGAAGACAGACUGGAGCGAGCACAAGGCGCCCGAUGGCAGAACAUAUUACUAUAACAACAUCACAAAGCAGUCGUUGUGGGAAAAGCCGGACGAGCUGAAAACACCGAGCGAACUGUUGCUGUCGCAGUGCCCUUGGAAGGAGUACAAGUCGGAGAACGGCAAGGUGUAUUAUCACAAUGUAAACACUAAGGAAUCUAGGUGGACGAUACCGCCGGAGUUGGAAGAGCUGAAGGCGCGAAUCAUAGCCGAGGAAGCUGCAGCGGCCGCCGCGGCAGUUGUGGCAAACGCCACAAAUUCCAAUAUGGUUUCUAUAGCGAUGCAACACUUGUCGCCGAAUGUCCCGACUGUAUCGCAGACCAGUACACCGGAAUCCGGUGGAAAGUCGGCUAUCGAACAGGCGAUGGCCGCGACACUCGCGGCAAUUAAUAUUCCGACACCGCCCGCGAAACCAGACGAGGAUAGUAAUUCCGCGAUGGGUUCAGCCAAUGACAGUCGCACCAGCACGCCCGAGCCCAAGAUGCAAUUCAAGGAUAAAAAGGAAGCAGUUGAGGCAUUCAAGGAGUUACUCAGGGAGAGAGACGUGCCGUCGAAUGCUACAUGGGAACAGGCGGUCAAAUUGAUUCAGAAUGAUCCCAGAUAUCCGCAGAUGAAGAAGCUGAACGAACGUAAACAGGCCUUCCAUUCGUACAAGACGCAGAAACUGAAGGAAGAGCGCGAGCAGGAGAGACUCAGAUUGAAGAAGGCCAAAGAGGAUUUGGAGCAAUUCUUGCUGGAAAACGACAGAAUGUCAAGCACAACCAAGUAUUACAAAUGUGAAGAGAUGUUCGGUAAUUUAGAGGUUUGGAGAUCAGUUGGGGAUUCGGAUCGCCGAGACAUUUACGAAGACGUUAUCUUCAAUUUGGCGAAACGCGAGAAAGAAGAGGCGAAACAAUUGAAGAAGAGAAAUACUAAAAGACUGGCGCAAGUUUUGGACACUAUGACGGAAGUGACUUACAGGACGACGUGGCAGGAAGCGCAAGCGUUGCUGUUACAGCAUCCCGCAUUCGCCGAAGACGCAGACUUGUUAGAGAUGGACAAAGAGGACGCUCUGAUUGUGUUCGAGAAUCACAUUCGCCAAUUGGAGAAGGAUGAGGAGGAGGAAAAAGAAUGCGAGAAGAAACGUAGGAAACGACAGGAGAGAAAAAACAGGGAUGGCUUCAUAUAUCUACUCGAUGAGCUUCACGAACAAGGCAAACUCACAUCGAUGUCGUUGUGGGUAGAAUUGUAUCCAAUGCUGUCCGCCGAUCUUCGAUUCUCGGCUAUGCUCGGGCAAUCGGGCUCGACUCCGCUGGACCUUUUCAAAUUCUACGUCGAAGACUUGAAGUCUCGAUUCCACGACGAGAAGAAGAUCAUUCGCGAGAUACUCAAAGACAAGAACUUCGAGGUGCAAGUCAACACGACUUUCGAGGAAUUCGCCACGGUCGUGUGCGAGGACCGAAAGUCGGCGACUCUAGACGCGGGUAACGUUAAAUUAACGUACAAUUUACUGUUGGAGAAGGCGGAGGCGCGCGAGAAAGAGCGCGUCAAGGAAGAGACGCGGAAAUUCAAGAAGCUGGAGACUGGUUUCAAGAAUUUGCUCAAGACAUUGAACGUAGACUACCAAAUGGCGUGGGAGGACGUAAGACCGAAGAUUGAGGAAGAGCAAGAUUUCAAGGCGAUCACCUUGGAGAGCGAAAGAAUACGGAUAUUCAAGGAAUACCAGCAUGAGCUCGAGGAGAGCUGCAGCCAUCAUCAUAUCAGAAGUAAGAAGAAAAAGGCGAAAAAGUUGAAGCGCAAAUCACGAUCGCGUUCGCACAGCGAGUCGGAAGGUAGCGAGAAAGGCUUGAGAAGAAAGCGACACAAAUCGCAUUCGCCCAGUAUUCCCAGCAAGUCUGACAGUUCCGAGUCGGAAACGAGGAAGUCCAAGAGAAAGAAGAGCAAGAAGAAGAGAGGUCGCAGCCAUUCCCGCUCGCACUCCGGUCUUCCAUCUUCCGAGGAGUGCUCGCCGGAGAGGAAGCGGAGAGAGGAGAAGCACAGAAGGCCUUCGGUUCACAGCGAAGGUUCCGCCACGGAAAAUAACGAGCAUCACGAACUUUCCGAGGACGAGCUGGAGAAGCAAAGGGCGCAACUCUUGCGCGAGCUGCAAAUGCAACAAGAGGAGAAUUGAAAACUUCGCCAAGUGCUAUCGCGUCUCAGAGAUGCAAUAUCUGAAACAAUUACGAAUUAUUUAUCUUUUCUUUAACUCGACGACUGUCUCUCGGUCUAUCAGAAGAAGUGGGUUUUUCCUCCCUACUUUAGAUGGAUAUCUUUAUUAUUUUAAGAAAUGAAGAUGUAUUAAUAGAAACGAAUACAUAAUAAGUCGAAUACUGACACUCUCGGCUUAAAAAAAGAUAAAUUUAAGAUAUGUACCUACAUGCGCGCGUGCGUGAACGCACACACAAUGGCGUUUGUUUAAAAAUGGAUCGCCUUAUGUAACGCAUUUCAACCUUCCACGGUGCAGGUGAACUUGCUAAAAGAUGUAGACUCGUCUGUUUUUUUUACGACUCGCUAUUCUUUGUGAUUAAAGAGUAACGAUGCGCGACGAAUGUCGAGUACAGACUCGAAAUCUCUCGCGAUCGAGAUCGCUUAACUGUAUUGUAUUUCAAUAAUUAUGGUAAUAGCGUUCUUUUUUUGUUUCACUUCUAUUUUAUGUCACGCGUUUUUCUUUGACAGUUCUCGAAAAGAUCGGGGAGUUUGAACUGAACUUCCAUUCCGUUUUGAAGAAGAAAAAAAGUUUCGCGAGUAACUUGCAGGUAUUUCGAAUUUUUUUCUUGAAUUUUGUCUCGAAUUUCCGAAGGUACAUCAAAUUGAUACAUCUCUCGAUUGCACGGCAUUCGCGUUAUAAUCAAUUGUCCAUAUGCACGACGACACGUUUGGCAUUUAGACACGGUUGUUUUGCAGCGGCGUAUAUGUGAGUCGGUAGGUAUUAUUAACAAUUCAACACCUAGCGAGUCUGACGCCCGCGACGAACACUCGACGAUGAAAGCUUGACGGUACAAGGGACAAAGGAGAGAAGAUAAUUUGUAAAUCGAAAAUAGAAUCGAUAUGAGUCCGUUCUACAAGUCUGACUUCCCUGUCUACAUUGAGAUGAGAUAUCGAUUAGAUCUUUUCGGUAAGACCGAACCCCCAGCCUCUUUUAUUCCUGUACUCGUUCUGCGCGAUGCGUUAUGUAGGAGAAAUGCCUGAUCGAUCAUCAUUGAUUUUGAUUAUAUCAAUCUAGUCGUGGGUAAGAAUUUACAGUGGGAACGAGCAACGUAAAUGAAUGUGCCCGACGACACUGCUACUUAAGUUUUUUUGUAAUCGAAAAUAAUAAAAAAAAAACAGGCUUUAACAUGCUA